AAAGUAUGUCUGAUAUGCAUGGAAAUGCCCCUUAAAAAGUUAUUCUAGCAAAUAUUCAAACUAAAUUAUUUAUGCCCGUCAAAUCAACGAAUUAAUACACAACCAAAUCACUCCCAACUUGUCAUGCUACUUAUCGCAUCCCCUCCGCUGCCCACCACCACAGAUUCUUCAUAGCAAAGCCGCCUACUUGCGUCUUCUUUGACCACCCUCUUCUUCUCUUCCUCUCUUCCACCAUCUUCCCUCCUGCUUCUACCUCGAUCGGUGCCAUGGCAGACUGGAUUGUUGGCCCAGUCAUGGACAAGAUCAUCAACGCUUGCUUUGAUUACCUGCAAGAUCAAUAUAGAUGGCAGAUGGGCGUGAAGGAAGAGCUCGAAAGGCUGCGAGAGAACCACCCCAAAGUCCAAGCUGUCGUCUCUGCUUCCACCCAAGCACAGAUCAGAGAUCGAAACCCAUCUCUCAACAGCUGGAUAUGGCAACUACGAGAUGCCAUCGAUGAAGCAGCUGAUGUUCUUGACGAGUUUGAGUACAUGAAGCAUAAAGAACAGCUUACCAGAAACAAGAAGCAGCAGAAGGUGCGUUCCACCAUGAGUUCCUUAAAGAAAAUUGGCAAACGUGCUCUCAAGUUGGAUCCCAGUUUGAAGAGACUGGAGAAGGUUGUGAAGAAACUUGAUAAAGUUUCAGCUGAGGUCAGUACUUUCCUUCAUCUCUUAGUAAACGCAAAGCAGGAGCAGCAGGAACAGGAGCUUCAGUUGUGCAAAGCUCGUGAAACAGGAUCCUUGCCUAAAACUAAUCUCAUCGGUCGAGGCAAGGAUAAGGAUUUUGUUAUGCAGUGGUUGAGGAAGCCAACAAAUGAAGAUCCAACUCAUAUUACUAGCUCUACUUUGUACAAAAACAUUUCUUUUCUAUCUAUAGUGGGUCAUGGUGGCAUGGGCAAGACAACUCUCUUGCAACACAUCUUUGAAGAUGUGAAAGAAGAAUUUGACCUGAAUAUGUGGGUUUGUGUUUCCAACGACUUUGAUGCGAAGAAGGUCAUUGUCGAUAUGUUGGAAUGUCUUAAAAAAGAGAGGCCUCGUUUGGAGUCACUUGCUGCUGUUCAAGAGAGUCUUGAAACUGCCGUGCGAUCCAAGAGAUUCUUGCUUGUUCUGGAUGACAUUUGGGAGGAAGAUAUGAGUAAAUGGGAGAAUGUGCUCUCCACUCUGACUAAUGGAAGUUCUGGAAGUAAGAUUGUGAUAACUACUCGAAUGGAUUCAGUUGCAUCGAUGAUUGCAAAGGUUACUGAAAAGAAGAAGGAAACAUUGAGAAUAAAGGGUUUGGAGGAAGAUGUGUGUUUGAAGCUACUUAACACCCAUGCGUUUGCUGGUGUAGAGAAUCAUGGUGCUUGUAAAAAAUUAACAUACAUUGCUAGUUUGAUAGUUAAAAAGCUUUCAGGAUCUCCAUUGGCAACGAAGAUCAUCGGUGGUGUUCUGAAUUCUAACUUGAAUGAGAGCUAUUGGAUGAGCAUUUUAAAUAGUGAUAUUGGAAGCACUGAAUCGGAACUAGGGCAAAAUAACAUCCUGUCCAUCUUAAGAUUGAGUUAUACAGUCCUCCCAAAGCCUCUUCAAAAUUGUUUCGCAUUUUGUAGUAUAUUCCCAAAUGAUCAUAAGUUUGAUAAAGAUGAUUUAGUUCGAAUGUGGAUUGCAUUGGGUUUCAUUCAAGCUCCUCCCAUUGCAGGAGAGACUAUGGAAGAUAUUGGAGGAAGGUAUUUUAAUAAUUUGGUCAAAAAGUCUUUAUUUGAUGAGUUCCAAACUAAAUAUGAAACAUACUAUAAGAUGCAUGAUUUACUACAUGAAUUAGUUCAGUCUGUUUCUGCAGAGGAAUGUUCUAGAUUCAUGGAGAAUAAAGAGUUACCUUAUAGAAUUCCCAAAACUAUUCGACACUUAUUUAUUUCAACUAAAAAUUUAGAAAUGUUGAAAAUGAUCAAAGAAUUUAAAUAUUUGCAUUCGCUUUUUUUGAUCUAUCAUGGAUGUUAUCAAGAUAUUACUGAUGCACUUCCUGAAGUAUUUAAAGCAACGAAAGGGAUUCGUUUGUUGUUCAUAAGUUCUCCAUUUGUGCAAACAAUACCUGAGGCUAUUGAAAAUUUGAUACAUCUACGAUACUUGAAUUUUGAUAAAACUAUGAUCACUCGGAUGCCUAGAUCUCUAAGCAAACUUUAUCACUUGCAGUUCAUAAUUUACAAAAGAGAUUGGGAAUCUUUUGAUGAUUUCUUACCAUUUAACAUGAGCAACCUUUCUAACUUGCGUUACCUACAAUUGCCCCAAAAUGUCUUUUCUAAGAUCUCUGGAAUUGGAAAGUUAAGAUCUCUUCAAGAACUUGGUGGGUUUACUGUUAAGAAUGAGAAUGGUUAUAAAAUUGGGGAGCUGGAACAUAUGAGCGAGUUGCGCCGAUUAAGAAUACAAUUUCUUGGAAAUGUUAAGGAUGCCGAAGAGGCUUGCACUGGAAAAUUAUGUGAGAAGAGAAAACUUACGGAUUUAUCCUUAGAUUGGGGUAGUGAUAAUGAUUAUGAAUUAAAUUUGGGAAGUGGAAGUUUGCGGAACAUUAUCGAUCCUGACUUAGAUGUGAAUGUGCUUGAAAAUCUUCAACCAUACCAAAAUCUAAAGAGAUUGUCCAUACGUGCAUACAUGGGUGUAAGGUCUGCAUUGUGGAUGUAUGAUACCAAUUUAACCUUCAAUCUAGAGUACAUCCAACUGGAAGAGUGUUUGGAGUGGGAAACUCUUCCCCCUUUUGGGCAGCUUCCCUACCUCAAGUCUCUGUGCCUUCAUAACAUGCCAAAAGCAAAGCGGCUUGAUAAUAAAUUCUGUGGGAAUGGUAAAGUCUGUGUGUUUCCAUCACUGCAGUUGCUACAUAUUUCAAAAUUAGAAGUACUGGAGGAAUGGUUUGAUGCAGCAGGGACAGAAGAAGAUGACUGGUUUUUUCCUUGUUUAACAGAACUGUGGCUAGAAGACUGCCCAAAUUUGCUGGAGUUGCCCUAUUUGCCCCCUAAGCUGAAUCAAUUAAAGGUACGGAACAUUGGGUGGAAAGAUUUUAACUGGCUACAAGAUACUGGCUACUGUCGCAGCAUUUUAAUUCAAAGUUGUGGAAAUUUCAACUAUCUGAGAGGAGAUACCACUGAGAAUUUCAAGCUCAUACUCAAUGAACUCACCAUAAGUGAUCCAUCCGUGUUGCUAAUGGCGCCAUUGAGAAGUAUCACUUCCUUGGAAAAGCUGACAAUUGAGGAUAAUGAUAUGUUGGUUUCUUUUACAAAUGAGGUAGAGCAGUGGUUUUUGCAAGUUAGCGCAUCCCUUUGUGUGCUGAACUUUAGAAGGUUAAAAUCCCUGCAAUCUCUCCCUUCUUCCUUGGAAAGCCUCUCUUCACUUAAAGUCCUAAGGGUGGAAAAGGUUCCUCAGCUUCAGCUUCUGUCGAACAUCCCCCCCUCGAUGGAGCAGUUAUAUCUUAAAAAGCUCGAAUCAUUGCAGUGUCUGCCAUCUUCUCUGUCAGCCAUCUCAUUCUUAAAGCAUCUAUCCUUGAGAAGCAUUGUGCUCCUCAAAUCAUUGCCAGUCCUUCCUCCCUCUUUGCGUUCACUAUGGCUAGAAGAUCUUGAUGAAUUAAAUUGCCUGCCUUCUUGCCUUCCGAGCCUUUCUUCUCUUCAUUUACUUAGCAUUAAGAAAGUCCUUCAGCUCCGAGAAUUACCAGAACUUCCUCCUUCCUUGCGAAUUUUGGAAAUAAAAAAUUGUCAUCAAGAGUUGAUGCAGCGCUAUAACCGUGAACAUCAAGUCCCAACAAUGGCGAUACCCCGAUCACGUCACCAUGCAUUUCAUGAGGCCGAAUCAUCGUCGGAGUCCAAACGUGCGAACCUUGAGCGUAGUAGUAAGCAGAGCAGUAGUUGGCAAACUAAGCAUCAAUGUUUUGCUCGCCGGUAAUCGAAACUCAGGCAGCAAAGAGAGAUGGAAAAAUGUUGAGUCCAUCCUUGCAAGAGGUGUUACGGCUCUGAUAUCAAGUGAAGAUAACAGAAGAGAAGAGAAGAAGAAGAAGGAGAGGAAAAAGGGAAAAGAGAGGAAAAAGGGAAAAGAUAGACCAGAUAACAAGCCUGAAGAAAGAUAAGUUGAGAUAUAUUUAUUUUUUUACAUUAUUACAGCUUAAUAAGCCAUCGUAUUUAUAAUCAAGAGGCAUGACAAAAUUGUAAACACAACAAAGGUUAAAUGAGACAUUUUACAUAUAACAAUAGAUAAUAUAAAUGUCAUUUAACAGAGAAAUUCCUGAAACACAAAAAGCAUGCGAUGGAGCAGUGUCUGUGACGAACAUAGGAAAGGGAAGAUAUGUCCUUUUAGGAAAGGUAUGAUGCCGGGAUCAAGAGAUCAAGAGGUAUAUCUCCUUUUAAAACUCAUAUUCCUUGUUUACUUGGUUCAUUUUCAGUUGUGUUAAAUUAAGACUUUGCAAACCUCUCGAGUCACUAGUUUGUUGACUUGAGGAUUUGAUCAAAUCUGAAAUUGUUCAUUUCAGCCAUUGAUAA